CUCAGAGAUGUGACACUGAGCAUCCCUCCCCUCUGUCUGCUCAUUUCCAUGCACAGCUCACAUAUCACAGAGCUCUGAGCUGGGGAUGUCUGCUGGCUGCUGCCUGUGCCAGGGAGGAGGCUGUAUCUGAUGCUCUCUUGGUCCCCUGUCUGGAUGGAGCUACAGCCAGGGCCUGCACGCCCAGCGUGUCCAGAGCAGAGCAGAGAUGGCGGGAGUAUUAGCAGCUCCCAUCCUGCGGCCCCGGCCGAGGUAACUGUUCAAGAACCUCAACAAUCCGUGACAGUCGAAGAGGAGUCGGGAGCCCUGGUACCUACCUCUGGACUCUUGCAGGUCACAGAAAGGAGACAACCCCUAAGCAGCGUAUCUUCACUUGAAGUCCAUUUUGACCUCUUGGACCUGACGGAACUCACAGAUAUGUCUGACCAGGAACUGGCUGAAGUGUUUGCAGACUCAGAUGAUGAAAAUCCACAGAAUGAGCCUCCUCCAGGUCUGCAGUUGCCCCCACUCCCUCGAGCUGGGUAUCUGCGAUCUCCUUCAUGGACCAGGACAAGAGCAGAAAGAGAAAAGAAACAUCUGAGUGACUCCGAGCUCCAGGGCGGCCUGCUGGAUGCCUUCAUCACUGCAGAGAGAUCCAAAGAAAACUAAACAGCCUUCACUCACCCAAUGUGGUCCAACUCCAUUCCACCUGCCCCGGGGUCACACUGGGAAAUGGACCACAAACAAUGCCAAGAGUACAGCUCCAGAAACUGCACUAACCACAGAGAGGAAACAACAUAUAUAGAGAGACCUCAAAAACAAAGCAAUCUCCAAGCUCCGCUCACAGAGCUCCCUGCUGGGUUACUGCAUGAGGGAUUGCUGGAUCACACAUGGACUUCAGGGUGUAGAAAACUCUUAAAAAGGAGCUGUGAUCUGUACGACAAAGACCAGGAACUAAUGCUGGAACAGCAAAGACCUAACAUUAAAAGUUCAGGGAGAGUUUCCAGUCGCGGGCACAGUUAGUACAAAGGUAGCUUGCAGAACAAUAACCUCUUGAUUGACCAUGAUCUGGAUGUCAUGUCACCAUAAGGUCUAUGUUGGAUUACAGUGAAGGGUGCUGGCACCCAAAACAUUGCAGAGACAGGCAUCACGUCACCUUCUUGGAAGAUUGAAACAUGUAAGGAGAGGAGUCUCUGAAUGGAUGAUUGGCAUGUUGUAAUCGUCACAUUGUCUCUUUCACAAGCACAGUUCCCCCUACAGCCUUAAUUACACUCGCACCAUCAGCAGACAUACCAGUACCUACAAGUGGCCUCUCUGGGUCUCCAAAAAGCCACAACCAUCUGUCUCUAAACCCUGUGUCAUUACAGAAUCUCUGUUGUCCUAUUGUAUGGUCGGUCAUUGAGAAGAGGCAGCACUGGGAUGACAUUUCCAAAGGGAUAUAUCCCUUUUUUUUUUUUUAAAGCUUCGAGGGCACUUCUGCACUUUAAUAUAAGUCAUAUUGCACAGCCGCACCCCACAAUGAUGGGAUCUCCCAAUGAAGCCCUCGUUUCACCAUUUCCCUAAAUGAGGGGCCUCUAAAAAACCACAGUGAGCUCACCCUGCAAGUAAAACACGUAUGACGUGCAUAUUUAGUGAGUCAAACAGACUGACCGCUGACGGACUGACUUCGACCAUGAGUGAGGGGUUGGUAUCCCUAUUAUUAUUAUUAUUAUUAUUAUUUUAUUAUUUAUAUAGCGCCAUCAGAUUCCGUAGCGCUGUACACAAGAGUGCUCCUAGAAAAACUCCCAAGAUGCAUUACACUGGGUACAGGUUGUACACCGAAAAUUAGCACUUUAUGAACAACAAUAAUAAUACUAUCCACAGAAGAGAAGUUAGUAAAGUGUCAAGUGCCUCCUGUGUGAGAUUAAAGUUCGAGUUUCAGGGCACGAGAUCAAAACGUCUAAAGCAAGCUAACAUCUGAUUGAACCUUAUUAUUUUUUCAUGCCGACGUGGGGAGUCACAGCCAGAGUAGGUGUGGCAGGAGCUGCAUAAACAGAAACUACGUGAUUUAACUCUCCUAAAUGGCAGAUCAUUUUUCCAAAGCAGCUAUCCUAGCCUGAAUUUGUCGUUCAGAUUUUGAUUCAAUACAAGUUGUAGUUUAGUAAGUACAUCCCAGAUUAACACAGUUUGCCAGGAACACACAGCUCACCCCCUCCCCUUUAACGACUCCCACUCCCAAUUAACAGCUUUCUACGCAAACUGUCACCUUAGAGACACAGUUAGUGCAGUCUGCUAUUCCCCGCCAGCGUUCUGUUCACACAGAGCACAGUGAUAUUAUUAAAAGGUGAUAUGUGCAGUCACGGAAUACGUCUAAAAUAGCACAGAUAAAUAACAGCCAAUAGUUUUACAUCGUUACAAUUAACAUUCCAUAAAAAUCUGUCCCUACAAGUCUUCACAAGGAAAGCCCUGCUUUAACACAGGUGGAACAAGUAAAAAUAAAUUGCCAGUUGGUCUGGCCAUGAAGAACGAUACCUUGGACAGUAUAUAGAAUUCAUCAUCUGCAGGACGGAAGGCAGUUUCUUAAUCAUAAAUGGAUUCCAGUGGAGCUGCCUUGAAGAGUGAUUAGUAUUCCUUCUGCAGCAUAUGAACGCUAUGUACUGCCCCUUAUCAUUUGGAGAGAAGCAUACAGGGAUGCCUUUAGUCCCAUCAAAUCAUAAUAAUAUAACAAUCAGAAUAUUAAUACGAUCUAACUGUGGGUAUCCUGUACCUGUGUUAGUUCAUUCUUUAGUACCCAGUUUCCAGAGAUGCUGGGGCCCCCCCACAGUGCAGGCUUUAGGGCCCCCCGUCUGACUGAUAGUAUUGAAGUUACCUGUUAGAACAGAUCAUUAGUGAAUACUCAUAUGGGACCUCCAGCUAAGCACUGGGCUGCAAAGCAUCUUGGGGGCGGUAGUUCUGACACAGAUCUUAGUACCUCCCAUCAUUUCAAAUUGGCAAAGAGGGACACUUUAAAUUUAGGGGUGUUGCCAGGGGCAGGGCAAUUCUGAGACUUUCUCUGUGACUUACUAAUAACAAUUUAUCCAACUAAAAUGUAAUUUAGAAGAACAAUGUGUCCUAUUUACACAGACUGAUUUCUAAACACAUUUAUUGUAGGUUAAAGACACAUUACUGGGAGUAUUAUUGC